UCUCUGCAACAAUGGCCUCUCUUCCUUAAACCGCAAGUUCUCAACUUUAACUCUACUGGGUUCUGUCUAAAAACUCCCUUUUCUUAUUCAGUACCUUGAUUCUUGUACUGGGUUCCAAAAAGCGUCAAGCUUUAGCUUUCCUCAACUUUCCCAUUCAAGAAAGCAAGUUUCUUGAUCACUUUCCAGUUUCACCUCAUGAACUUCUCUGUGAGGGUGUGAGUUGAUACUAUUUACAAUUUCAUUUUCCGGCGUUACGAUGCCGCCGUCUUACUUCCCUCUCCGGUGGGAGAGUACCGGCGACCAGUGGUGGUACGCGUCGCCUAUUGACUGGGCAGCAGCGAACGGCCACUACGACCUUGUCAGCGAGCUUCUUCACCUCGACACCAACCUCCUCAUAAAGCUGACGUCCCUCCGCCGCAUCCGCCGCCUCGAGACCGUGUGGGACGACGAGGCUCACUUCACUGACGUGGCGAAAUGCCGAUCCCAAGUCGCCAAGAGGCUUCUCCACGAGUGCCAGACGCAGAGUGGCCACAACUCUCUGAUCAGGGCCGGCUACGGCGGCUGGCUGCUCUACACCGCCGCCUCAGCCGGUGACCUGGCGUUUGUUAAGGAGUUGCUGGGAAGAGACCCUCUUUUGGUGUUUGGAGAGGGAGAGUAUGGUGUGACUGAUAUCUUCUAUGCUGCAGCGAGGAGUAGGAAUGCUGAGGUUUUCAGGCUGCUGUUGGAUUUUUCGGUGUCGCCGAGGUUUGGUGAAGGCAAUGGGGAGGUGGAGGAGAGUAGGUCGGAGUUUAAGUGGGAGAUGAUGAACAGGGCGGUUCAUGCGGCGGCGAGAGGUGGGAAUCUGGAGGUUUUGAGGGAGUUGGUUGGGGAUUGUGGUGAUGUUUUGGCUUAUAGGGAUGCUCAGGGCUCUAUUGUCUUGCAUACUGCCUCGGGUAGAGGGCAGAUUGAGGUGGUUAAGUAUCUAAUAGGAUCCUUUGAUAUCAGCACCUUUGUAGAUAGUCAAGGGAAUACAGCUUUACAUGUCGCCGCUUACAGGGGUCACUUAGCUGUGGUGGAAGUUCUAAUUGGUGCAUCUCCUUCGUUAGCCUCUUUAUCGAACAACUUUGGAGAUACAUUUCUACAUAUGGCAGUGGCUGGUUUCCGAGCUCCUGGUUUUCGGAGAGUGGACAAACAGAUUGAGCUCAUCAAGCAAUUAGUGUGUGGUGCUAUUCUGAACAUACAAGACAUCGUUAAUGGUAGGAACAACAAUGGGAGGACUGCUCUUCACAUAGCUGUAGGUGAGAACAUACAGUCUAGUGUGGUGGAACUCCUCAUGACUGUUCCAUCAAUCGAUCUGAACAUCCGUGAUGGUGAUGGCAUGACCCCGUUGGAUAUUCUUAAGCGAAGGCCAAAGUCACCAUCUUCUGAACUUUUGAUCAGGCAGUUGAUUUCAGCUGGAGGAAUCACCAACUGUCGAGAUCAUAAAGCUAGGAAUGCAUUGGUUUCUCAUUUGAAAAUCCAUGGUAUUGGGAAUAGUCCUGGAACAUCUUUCCGAAUCCCUGAUGCAGAGAUAUUCUUAUACACAGGCAUUGAUAAUGUUUCUGAUGCCAGUGGUGUUGAUCAGUCAUGUCUACAAUUCAGUAGGUGCUCAGGCGAAAUAAGUCGGGUUGAUUCACCCAACUUGGUAAGCAACAAGAAAUAUGGUUCUGUAAAUAAUGCUGCAAGGCGCCUCAAGUAUCUUCUUCAAUGGCCUAGGAGGAAAGAAAGAAAGGAAUCUAGCAGAGACUUGGGAGAUACUGAUUCCUUGGACUCGUAUUGUCCAUCUACAGAUUUGGAAGACAAUCCAAUCCCACUUCGGCAGAUGUACUCGAAAUCUUCAUCCCUUCCCAACAACAAAAGGAUACUUUCUGCCAGGACUUAUCUUCCAAGCCCUUACACUAAGAUGAAAUAUACUGCUGGUCUAACACAUGGUGUGAUUCAAGCAGUGCCUCAUUUCGGUUUUCCAGCUCAAUCAAAUGCAAGUCCUCUGUCACGAUCAUCCACCAUGUCUUCACCUGCCUUCGUCGACAACGAGAAGGGUGUGGGCAGUGUAGGACUAUCUCGCUCAAAUGGGAAAUCACCAAUAGGGAACUUCAAAGAAGGUUCCUUCAACAGGAAGGUAAUAAACCAGUAUUUGUGUGUUGGUGCACAAGGUGUGAAGGCUGAAGAAUCAAUUGGCUCUACAUGGUCAACUCGGAGCUACAAGCACUCCAGUUCUUUGGUUGCUUGAUCAGACUGUACAAACGAGUCAGUGUUCUUGGUUACACUUGCACCUAUAGAUAGAGAAGAAUUUAAUGAGUUCUCUCAGAAGUUCUUCUCUUUAUAUAUUUGUUUCUUGGUUCUUUCUCUCAAUAUAGAUAACAUGUGCUGUAAUACCUCUCUAAUUGCAUAUUAGUUGCUGUGAGCUUGUCCACCUAUUGUAUCCUUAUCGAUCAACAUGAUCAAUACAAGCAGGCAUACAAUAGUACAAUACA